AUGGAUUUGAAGAAGUACAAUAACACAUUGACCUCACAAAGGUCACCUUCUCGAACCACAUCCACAAGGAGAUACAAAAGUGCCCCAAAAAAGUCCACUUCAAUCCUUUCGCGUUUAUCCAUUCUGAUAUUUGCCUUAUCAUGUGCUGUUCUUGUAAAUACUGCCUCAGGGGCGGCAGCUAAUAGACGAAACACAUAUAGUUUUGUGUCACCUAUUUUAAUAGGAUUCGGCGAGUUAACCGUCGAAGAAUCAGAAGAAUUCAAAAGAAUGGCUUGGAAUAAUUGGAUGAUACGAUUGGAAUGCAGCUGGAAACAUUUUCAUGAAUCUGUUCAAGAAGACAAAACAAAAUGGCUCCAGGAAAGAGAAUCAGCUUGGUCUGAUUGGCUUCGAUCAUUGGAAAGUACAUGGUCUCCCUAUAGUGGGAAAAUGGUUACAGAACAAAAAAUUAAUGAUAUGGAAGAAUCAGACACCUGGAAUGACAGGCAAUGGGGAAAUUGGAUAAAAACUGAAGGAAAAAGAAUUCUAGGAGCGCAAUGCGAAAAAUGGAUUAAAGAAGCAGAUAAUCAAUUACAAAAAUUAAUUUUAGAUAAAUGGGUUCAAUGGAGAAAUGGUAAGAUCCGAUCUUGGUUAUCCAGUGAAUGGAAAACCGAAGAAGAUUACUACUGGGCAAAUAUAGAGAGCGCCUCAACAGCAAAAUGGUUACGAGAAGCAGAGCAAAACCAUUGGCUUAGAUGGAAAGAAAGAAUUAACAGAGAGUCUCAACAGUGGAUGAACUGGGUCCAAAUGAAAGAAAGCGCUUAUAUCAAAGAAGAAUGGAAAAAAUGGUCCCAGUGGAAAAAUGAUAAAAAAAUCCUAUUUGACAAAUGGUCAACUAACCUUGUCUACAAGUGGAUACAGAGAAAGCAGUGGAACGUUUGGAUUAAGGAAGCUAAUAAUAGAAACCAAGAUUAG